AUGGCCGCACCCUUCAACACGACCUCCGACCGCUUCAGAGCUUUCUGCGACACAAACAAUGAGAUCCCCGCUCCGUCCAGCUUUGACCCGCGCCCUGACCGCAUUCCGCACGACGUGGACACCAUCUCGAGUUGGACCAAUGACAGCCACACGGCAGCCGGCGACCUGAAAUUGCAAUGUUGCUGUGGCAGAUCAAAAUGCAUCUACUUGGAGCACAACAACACACUUCUGGGUGGGAUCGAGAGAGACCUGGAGACCGCCGCCCGACUUGGUCAGGCCCUCCUCACCCGUCAUGAGUCCUAUGUCACAGAGUCGCAGCUCGAGCAUGAGCGCCUUACAGCCUACAUCAAUGAACUGGAGAAGGAGAGGACAACUCUACAAACGACCAACAAGAGGAUUGCAGGAGAGAAUCACGAGCUGCGCACCCAGCUAGACGUCGCCAACACGUCGCUGAAGGAGAGCGACAACCAUGUCAAGAGUUUGGAGGCAUUGCUCAGAGACAGCGAGUCCGAAAUCAGAAGGCUCAAUGGCCUCACCAGACGCGCCGAGGAAUUGGAGCUCAAACUACUGGAGAUGGAGAAGGAUCGCUCAACACUACUGCAGAGGGCGGACGACUCGGAGAAGGAAACUCGCAACACUAUCCGAAGGUGGAAAGAGAGCGAACUCAGAGUCCGACAACUGGAGUCCGACAUUCAGAAGAUCGAAUGGGAAGCUAGGCAGGAGAAGGACCGAUAUGAAGAGCUUGUUGCGAGACUGGAACGUGAACGGGUUCUUGAACGAGAGUUAGGUGGUGCGGAAGGCAGACUCAAAGGAGCUGCAGCUUUACAAGGUCUCAAAGGAGGUGUUUCGCGCACCAACGUUGUCAGUCACUUCGUCCGCGACAUUCUUCAUGACAACGCUACCCUUCAAGCCGGUAUUGCAGAACUCCGCGAAUUACUUCAAGCCUCCAACGACGAGGUGCAGAAUCUCAGGGCGCAAAUCCUUGAGCACCAACCGGUCGAGUUUGACCACUCCCAGGAAGAGGGAUACAGAUCACGACCAUUGAGCGAGCAGCUUGACCGGUCCGAAGCAUCCCCGAGACAAGUCCAACAGGAAGUCCACGUCCAUCACCAUUACCACGCCAAGGUCACUGGGAAGAAGGAUCGAAACCCUACGAUACGCAAGUCGAUACGGAGACGAGCAGUCAUGGGACCCGGUAUGCUUCCAGCGACCCCCGAAUCAUCAACUCCCACUACACCACUGUCGCAACCUCAACGUGUGGUAUCCAGUCCGAUCCUCCCCAUCGCUCUUAACCACCCUCAAACCAGGCGUACUCGUUGGUCUCUACAAUCGGCCGCGACAACCUCGUCGCUGGUGUCCAGUUUCCCGAGCUCGCCACAAUCGUACUUCGAGCAAAGCAGCUCCAUCUUUGACAGGCUUGAAGCAGGGGAAGAGUCUUCUAGACCAACAAGUCCAGAGUCUGCCGCUGGCUUUUCCGAGCCCACAUUCUUAAUGAGUUGUCCGGAAGUGGAAAAUGAAGGAGCAUUAACGGACCAACAUGACGAAGAGGAAAUGGAUCGAUAUGACCACCCUGGAGACCUGGACCUGCAAGAUCCUCCUCUAGAAGAGGAGCCUCGUUCGGUCCCUGAUGAGCUCGAAACCAUGGAGUCAGAUCCUCAUGAUCUAACACCCAAACCUUCACAAAUUCUGGUUCCUGACCCGGAACCGCCAGACCGGGCUCUGCCUGUAGCGAUGACGGAUCAUUCAGGAAACACUCCACGUGUUGCCUCACUUCCGCUGGCUGAGACGGAUCCUGCACACAAUUCGAAGCAUCGGACGCAGACAGAUAGUACCUCGACGCCCAGCUCCAUUUAUGCCUUCGACGAUAUGCCUGAGAUGGCUAUACAGCCACGCUUGCGCCGGGCAGGGUCCCAUGACUCCCUAGUCUCUAUAUCCGGCAUGGACAUACACCUCGCGAAGCGACCGACGACGUCGAGAUCACAUUCGGCGAGCUUAUUGAAAGGCAACAAGGCGUACUUUGCAAUGUCUCCUUCUGCCACUCGAACGUUUUCUGCUGCCCCUCUGACCACAGUGACCGAAUACACCGCUUUGAGUUCGACGAGAUUCUUCGGCGCCAAUGCUUCUUCCACCUGGACUGACCAAACUGCCCACAGACCUCAGCUAGCGGACAGAAAUACUAGUGUCAGCGUCGAAGUCUUGAGUGGCCUUGCAAGACUACCGUCCCCAACUUCGACAUCUACAACGCAACAACGUCAAGCAUCUCCUGGAGGGUUUGGUCGCCUUGUUGGCAGCUGGGUCAGGGGUAAAUGGGGCAUCGCGCCUAUGAAGUCAAGCGAAGAGCUCAGACCGUCGACCCCCGCCGACCCAGCUUUUCCAUCGCCUUCUUCUCCCUCAAUUGAGGCUCAUCCACUGUCGCCUUUCGAGUUGCCGGGUGGGAGGACGCCUGGUAUAAAUCAGAAAGGCGCGAUACCAGGGUUCCGGCCAAUUCGAAAUCCUACUGCAACUGGUGUGCAAGUUACAAUGGUGGAUGCAGAGGGGCUGAAGGAGAUUCUAGCAGAACAAGACAACAGAUGA